AUGGCUAACCUUCCACCACCCUCCAACCCCAGAAUCGUCCCUAUCAUGGCCCGAAGAAAAUCCCACUCCUCCGGUCCUGCUGGUAACAGGACUAGCCCUCCCGAGGACAGUGCCAUGAAAAUGCACCUAGAGAUGGCCAUGGCCGGGAUGCCUAGCAAGAGCAGUCUCAAACUGGGAUGUCUUGAUUACUUCAAUCUAUAUGCUAUGCCUAUCCUUGGCGAUGACCAAUUGUACGGAAGCGUUGACCGCCACAUUGAAAUCCGAGAGCGUUUGGUCCAGCAUAUGCGGGACAAUGCGGACUAUUUCAGAGAUUUCACCGCAGAUGUUGGGGGAGAGCGUCGAGCUCCCAGGAGGAGCGCCGCUCAAGCUUCCCGUCUUGCGUAUACCAAUGUAGACAGAGCUGCUACUGCAGAAGGGCAAGCCGCGAAGUUUAAACUCAUGCUCAACGAAAUGAAAGGACAGAAUGCUUGGGGGGGCUCGCCUGAAAUCCAGGCUUUCUGCCAAGCCUAUGGGCUGGAUGUGCUAGUAUAUUCGGAAGACGGAGUCCAGAGGUUUCAAAACUUCUUUGCUGAGGCAGAUCCGAAUCGGGGGGUUAUACAUCUAGCUUUUCACUCGUUCCAGCACUAUUCCUCAGUGCGGAAUCUAGAUGGACCUCAUGUCGGACUUCCAAAGCUUCCAGAAAGGAUUAAGGCGGCCGAUCUUAUUUACAGAAAAAUCACAAGCAAGGAGCCGAUGAUCGACCAAAAAAUCAACCCGGAAAACAUUCCGUCAGAGUCCCAAAAUCCCACCGUCACUCAUCCUGCUGAUAUGCAUUGGAUGAUAACAAUCUUUGGACAAAGAGUCCCAGCAAACGAUGACGAGUCAAUCAGAGCCAUGAUUGGAGAGUGUAGCCCCAACAUUACCGCCGCUCUUAAUAGACUAGUGGAAAACAAAAACCGUGCAUUACCCAGAUCAUCGAUUCCUUUCUCAACGUCGCUAUCUUCAACCACGACUUCAAAUUCUGUGCCUACUCCAUGUAGCGGAGGCUCCCGUCCUAAAUCCUCCUCAACAAUGAAUACAUCCUCCGGAGCCGUUCAGGGAUCUUCCUCACGUUCCUCGUCCCGCCAUAGUGUGACGAGCAAACGGUCCGCAAAUGACAGCGACUUGGAUGAAGAAGAUGGCACUGUGCGUACUGCUACCCGCCGUUCCCGUGGCAGGUGUCGAAAACGCCGUAUGCUGGAGGAUGUCACGGUUGAUAUCCUCGGGAAUCGGAGUGAGGUGGUUGCAAUUGAAGUUAAUCAUAAUAAUGAUGAUGAGGAAGGUGAUGAUCAUAAUAAGUACAAUAGCAGCAACAGGGACAAUGACCACCAUGAUGGUACAAACCGAAAUGGCAAUCUCAACGCCGGGCAAGGAAAUUUGGAUGUGGGAAUUGGCACUAGCAGCCGUACUGGCACAAGCACAGCCACACGCACACUGACAGGCACACGUACUCUGAGCCCUGAACCGAUCGCGAAGGAACACUACACCAAACAGAAGCAGAAGCAGAAGCAGAAGCAGACGGAUGGCGUGAUCAGAUCAAUUGAAAAUGACCACGAUGACCACGAUGGCGAUCCAUGUAGUGUGAGGACCUUAUCGCCUAGUGCCAGUCAAGGCUCGGAGGCUACGAACUCUAAGGAGGAGGAUGAUAUUGAUGACGAAUAUGUUGAUGCUGAUGCUGAUGAGGAUGAGGAUGAGGAUGAGGAUGGCGAUGGCGACGAUGAUGCUGACAGCGACUAUAAGGACGAGGAGGAUGACGAAUGA